AUGAUYCAGGAUUACCUCGAACACUACCUCGAGCACAGUAUAUACAUGCCAAUCUCUAGCAGUCUCACACAUCUAGAGUACAACUACAAGUCAGGCCAGCAACAGCCAACCCGCCAAGCAUACCAAUCACUGUUGACGCGACCACAAUUCAAUCAAUGCAUUGCCAACUCACUCACAUCACUAUCCACCAACAUUGUCUUCUUUGACCAUUGCGCUCAAAGUUUGAACAUGCCUAAUGCUAUGCAGCUCUUGAGGAUGCUGUCGCUAAGCAUUCACGAGCUGGACACACGCCCGUCUGACCCAACAUUGAACAAGCACUACGCCAACUUGCUUGGACAGCUGACGACAUUGUGUCCCAAGUUGGAGUCUUUGGAUGUGCACUGCGAGCUGGUUGAUAUCGACCUCUUUGAAACAGUGAACAUGGACUCGAUUGAUGAAUCAGUUGAUCGUCUGGCCUUCACAAGGCUGUUCUCACGUCUGUUUAAGAAUUCAAAUGAUCACUUGGUCAAUCUCACAAUUGAAGACACUGUACGCACUGAUGGCUCACUGACAGAGUAUCUACACUACUAUCACCAACACCUCUUUGAUCAUAUCUCCACAACAAUGCCAAGUCUGGGGAGUCUGUCACUCAUCAUCUACAAAGAUCGCAAUGUACUUAAAGGUCGAUCAACGCCAUUCUAUCAAUCAAUACAGCGAUACCUUGAGGCCAAUCAUACAUUGAAUACGUUCAAACUCUGUCACAGGCCAUCCAAAGAGUUGAAGCCACUCAUCAAGUAUUACUUGCAAGAGUCCACGCUGGAGGAGCUCAUCCUGGUGGAGCGCAAUUGCAAACUUCGUCUGAAUCUCCUGUCGAUUGUCAAGCGGCCAAUCAAGUCACUAACUGUCACUUUGAAGAAAAAGUACAUGAUGUUGGUGUCCGACCUGGAUAACAUAUUAGCAUCACUCAACAAUGUGGACAACCUCACAGUAUCAAUGACAAUCACCAACUGA